CGAUUUGUAAUUCUGACGUUCUAUUUGGUUGGCAGCAAAUGGCGGACGACGCCGGUGGAAGGGGAGGAUUUCGUGGUGGCUUUGGCUCUGGGCUCCGAGGCCGCGGCCGAGGCCGUGGGAGGGGUCGUGGCAGAGGUCGGGGAGCUCGUGGCAAAGCUGAAGAUAAGGAAUGGGUGCCAGUAACAAAGCUUGGGCGCUUGGUGAAAGAUAUGAAGAUCAAGGCACUGGAAGAAAUUUACCUUUUUUCCCUUCCUAUUAAGGAGUCUGAGAUCAUUGACUUCUUCUUGGGAUCAACCUUGAAGGAUGAAGUUCUGAAGAUCAUGCCUGUGCAGAAACAAACCCGUGCCGGUCAACGGACAAGAUUCAAAGCUUUCGUUGCUAUCGGAGACUAUAAUGGCCACGUUGGGUUGGGCGUCAAAUGCUCAAAGGAAGUGGCCACUGCCAUUCGAGGAGCUAUCAUUCUGGCAAAACUGUCGAUCAUUCCUGUGCGACGUGGUUACUGGGGUAACAAGAUUGGCAAACCCCACACUGUACCUUGCAAGGUGACUGGCCGAUGUGGUUCUGUUUUGGUCCGUCUGAUCCCUGCUCCCCGUGGUACUGGUAUAGUCUCAGCCCCUGUACCCAAGAAACUGCUGCAGAUGGCUGGUAUCGAUGAUUGCUACACCUCCGCCAGAGGCUGCACAGCCACGCUGGGUAACUUCGCUAAAGCUACCUUCGAUGCCAUCUCCAAGACUUACAGCUACCUGACCCCCGAUCUUUGGAAAGAGACUGUGUUUAGCAAGGCUCCUUAUCAGGAGUUUACUGAUCAUCUGGCCAAAAACCACACCCGUGUGGCUGUUCAAAGGUCCAAUUCUGCUGUUCCUCCAAUAACAUAAGCGUAUGAAAAGAAUGAAAUAAAAUUGUUUCCCACGA